AUGACGGCCCGUCAGGCCGCCCUCGCAGCUGCAGGUGCGGGUGAGAAGCGCAAGCCAGCGAUGGAUGUGGACGUGAGCAGUGACGGUGAGGACCUCCUGGAGAGGGGCCGCCGCAAAGCCAAAGCCGACAGAAAGAGCCAGCAGGUGGACAAGAAAGGCAAGGCGGCUGCCGGCAAGGCCAAACCCAAGAAGGAGGGCGGCAGAUCUAAGGCUCAAGCGACAGAGGAGGACCGUCAGAUGGAGGUACGCUCAGAUCAUGCGAUGGGAAGGGGUGAUGUGAUGUGACUGAUUGAAUGUCAGGUCAAGUCUCCUCUGGAGGAGUUGCCUGAGGCCCUGUGGAUGGGCGAGGGUUUGGGCGCCUUGGUCGGUUUCGUGUCGUGCAUGGAGUCGCUGUCGAGCGUCAACAGCUACUUCCGCUCCCUCACCCAGCAGGCCAUCAUGCACCCCAUACUCGACCUCGACGCAUCGCCCACCAUGAACAUCGCUAAGAAGUGGACAGGUCAGCAAGGAAGGAGGGAGAGGAGGGAAUGGCUGGAUGGAUACCUUUGUCAUGUUCAUGUGUGUGUGGUGUCCUGAUGCAGGUCGUCGUUUGUCUGAGUGUGUGAGCAUCGUCAUCAACCACCGGCCCACCCCUUCGUUGGUGUAUCUGCUGGAGAGCCUCUCGGCCAAGGUUGAGAGUGUGGAUCUGCAGUGCCCCUAGGAGCCACCCACCGACAAAAAGGGCAACGACCUUCCCGACUACCGCGCACUGGCGGCCUUCGAGCGCGACAAUCGCAAGAGGAAGGGCAACUUCAGCCGCAUCAGGCUGCCACACAAGAAGGUGACGAGGGAAGGGGAGAGGUGGACAAAGCACGGACAAAGACGUCCCCCACACACGCUGUAUAUUCCAUCUAUUGAUCAAUCAGGGGCCGAUCGUGUUUGAGCAUUUGGAGUCGGCGAGCAUUCGCAGUGUGUGGGUCAAGAUCGCAGAGGACCGUGAGUACCAGCUGCCGGCCCUCAAGAACCUCGGUUUGGUCAACCUCGACACGCGUGCGCCCCGCCAGUGGAUCCGAGAAGGAGGCAUCAAGUCGCUGCAUCUCAUAUCUGACGAGGUGGGCGACUGAGGGAGGGAGGGAGGGAGGGAGGGAGGGAGAAAGGGAGGGAGGGGGGACCCAUUCAUGUGGUCGCAGAUCCAUGUCCUGUGUGUAUUGCAGGACGAUCCCAGCUGCUCCCUUGAGGUGCGGCUCGACCAAGUGGCGGAUUUCCUCAAGGACACACCCUCAGGUAUAUAAGCAAGCAGAGGACCGAUGCUGAUGGCCCACCCCAUCCAUCUCUCUGUGUUUGUAUGUGUGUGAUGGAUGUAGCCAAGAGCCUGACGUCGUUGACCGGUCGCGUGUCGUUCCACAAGCAGAGCCAGUCCGAGUUGGUGGCCGAACUGCACGGACUGUUCGUGUACACCGACGAGGACAGCAAGGUGCCCGAUGACGCGUUCAUGGACCACAUCGCGACGAUGAUGGGACCGCUGGAUGAGAUCGAGAUGGGACUCGCCGAAGUGCAGACAUCGCAAUACAUCCAGGUGGGUGGCUGCUGACAAGCUUGGUGGGUGGGUGGGUGCGUGCGUGGCUGUUGGACCCGCUGAUGGAGGAACUUACCCACCACUGACUCACUCGUGUCUCCAUGCAUCUUCCGUUCAAUCAGAAGCUGCAUCGUUUCCGCUCCUAGCUCCUGAGUGCUGACGCGGUCGAGACGUACUAUCACAACCUGCCCCCAACACCCCGAAGCCCCGCUUGGCGGCACAACCGACGCCGCGAGGCCAACAAGACCUCCACGGACCUCCACCUCCACAUGCCCUUCACCGGCAAUGGGGAGGUCCUGGCCGACUGCCUCGACACGGUGCAAGUGUGCUGUCGACAGGCCAACCAGGUCACCCUCGACGCACGCAGCGGCCCAGGCCACGUCGACCCCAUCCCCGGCCUCGACUCACUCCUCAGGUGCGAGUCGGCAACCGAGCUCACCAUCACGGCGGGCGGCGUUGGCGAGCAGCUCCCCUCCUACGUGCUCGACGAGCCCUCGUCGGUCUUCCCGAUCGUCUCGUCUGUGGUCGUGUCGCAGCAGGGGCGGGGCGAGGACUUCUAUGAGUGUGGGGCGGGGGAAUGUGCUGCGUGCUCUCUCUCCCUCUUUGCAUGAGGUGCGCUUCGAGCUGACCGCCCGUCAUGAGCCUGCGGCCACGUGCACCCUGGUGCCUGAUGGCCUGGGCUUCAUGUCGAGCGAAGGCAAGGAGCUGGCCGUGCAGCUGAGGUGGGAGUUUUGCCCGAACUCGCCAGGUCAUUCCUUCGAGUGGGAUUUGUGUGGGGACAGCGAGGCAGGCAAGGCUCUGAUGGAGAGCGGGCGUGUGUCGUGUCUUGAUGUGCACAUCGCUGGCGGGCUCAUUGCAUCCGACGCCCGACGAAUGUACACGUCGUUUGCUGAGUGUGUGGUGGAGGCCUUUUCCAGCUUCCCUGUCAUCAAGUGUGUGGUGCUGUCUGCUGAGAGAAAGCCCCUCUACGCGCGCACCUUUGCCCUGGUGGAUGUGCUGAGGAAGGCAGGCAAGAAGAGGGUGCGGGUGACAGAGAGGACAGAUGGCACUGUGGUGCUGCGGCCAAGCCAGGCGAGGAGGAAGGCCAAGAGAGAGGAGGGCAAUAUUGUCGUCAAGAAAGAGGAAAAGGAGGGGUAA